AUGGGGACUGUUGCAAGCAGGAUUGAUGAUUCAGGCUCCCUGUUCUUUAAAGACCAGAAUAAAUUUGGGAUUGCGAGCAUAACUGUGGUCAACUCACAAAAUCGGGUUCUACUGCAACUCUCACCAAAUGCCUUGCCAGCAGCACGCUACAUAGCCACUCGUGAUGUGGGUGAUGACAGCCCUAUUGAAUAUGUCCAGGAUCCCGACCCUCCUCAGUCCACCGCGAGCCCUUCCUUCCUCCUUCGAUUAACCAACGACGAUGAGCUGUAUUUCAAGUUUACCUUUAUCGUGCGACAAACACAAUCGGGCCAUGUCGUCAACUCCACUGUGAACGGAGUAGCGACAUCUUUGCCUGAGACGACAGACACCUCUCUUACCGGCCUGACCUUUGCGCAUGCGUCCAAUAUCAAAGAGCUGGACAAUCUCAUCACGAGGGAAUUCCACGCGAACCCCAACCUGCAGAACAACUCGAAUGUGCAGCUUGUGGGCGAUUAUACGACGAACGGAAGCCCCUCGGUUCAGUUUGACUGGACUUGGAAGUGGAAGCCACCCAAGGCAGUUGAAGAUAAAGGUGGUGGCUGGCGCAACAGUUGCAGCUUUCUCGACUAUGACCAGAGAACCAACCGCCUGAACACACUGGCAAACCUCACAUUUUGGGUUCAGAAUACAUCGCGGCCUGGCUCCAGCCCGCUGUUAGCUUCGCCACCGACUUUGGAUCUCGGCGUUCCUGCCCGCAACCGCAUCCCGUCGUCUCAAUCUUUCCUAUCACAUUUAAGCGAUACAGAAGGGCCCUUUGGAGUGCCAGGGCGCCCAGUGAGUCCCGGGGAAACAGUGAUUCCGAGUGCGAAUCCAAAUGUAGCGACCACAACUCCGGCAGUUGGCAUCCCGGUUCCAAUUAAAGUCGACCUGCCUUCGCGUCCAGGCGAUGAUAUGAGCGCCGUAGAAGAUGGCCCCCUCUUUCGUGCUACGAUAAAGGCCCUUGAGCAGAAAACAGGCAACAUGCGUACGAAAAUCAAGAAGGUUCUCAAGAAAGCAGAGGCGGCUAAUGUAGCUCAAAUUGCAUGUAAUGAUGCCGUGAAUGCAUUUAUUUCAGCCCUAGACGAUGCUUCAACAUCCAAUGCCAACGCAAUCCAGCCAGCCAUGGAGCAUUAUUUUGAAAAUAUUGCACGAGAGAUUCUUGUCUAUGAGCAGGUUAACACGCUUCAGCUUCAGAAACUGGUCAUUGAGCCGUUGUCUAGGCUGUAUCAAAAUGAUAUCAAACAGGCGGAGUCUAAGAAAAAGGACUUUGAUGAGGAGAGCAGGGACUAUUAUGCCUACGUUGGUCGGUAUUUAGGACAACGUCAGGACUCUCUUAAAGAAAAAAAGCGUGCUGAGAGCGAUUCUAAGUACCAAUCAAAACGGCGGAAUUUUGAGUUGAAGCGAUUUGACUACUCGUCUUUUAUGCAAGAUCUUCACGGUGGCCGAAAGGAACAAGAAGUUCUCUCUCAUCUCACAAAAUAUGCAGAGACACAAGCGAAGAACUUCUUGUCUACCGCAAGAAAGGUGGAGAACAUGCUUCCGCAAUUUGAGGCUCUGGUACGGGAAGUAGACCAGGCUGAUAAAGAAUUUCAAUUCCAACGUACCGAGAGAGAAGAGAAACGCAGGGCCCUGGAGAAAAGCACCAAAACCUAUGUGGAGCCAGAAAAUGUGAAUACACCAGCGGCGAUUGGUGCUUCGAAUCAGGGGCACAACUCCGAAUCAGAACUCAAUAGGGCAGACAGCACAGGCUCACAGCUUAGAAGCGUGCAUAGCAAUACCUCAUCGAUCUCCUCGCAAACAAAUCAAGCCCCUGGUUCAACCAACUUGACGAGCUCCCUGUCCAAUGCAAGUUCAACUAGUGGAACGAAUCGCUUCAAAGGAAUUCGCGAUCUUGAAGAACGAGAGAGCUUGAUGGUAACUGGUUCUGAUAAAUUAGCAGGUCCCCAAAGAAAGGAGGGCUUGCUUUGGGCUCUGUCACGGCCGGGCUCGCAUAUUGAUCCCAAAGGUAUCAACAAACAAGCAUGGCACAAGUUUUGGAUCGUGCUAGAUCAAGGCAAACUUUCUGAAUAUAGCAACUGGAAGCAACGAUUGGAUCUACACAUAGAACCCAUAGAUCUCCGCAUGGCCUCUGUUCGGGAAGCUAGAAAUGCGGAAAGGCGUUUCUGUUUUGAGGUCAUUACUCCCCAUUACAAGCGGAUCUACCAGGCGACUUCAGAAGAAGACAUGAGUAAUUGGAUCACGGCCAUCAACAAUGCUUUGCAGAGUGCGGUGGAAGGCCGCAGUCCGCCGCCGUCCAUGCCGCCGCCACCAACACAUAGCGAGAGCGGUUCCCUUCGGCGUGACAUUGGGUCGAUUCUGACUGGUAAAAGUUCUUCUUAUUCUGGACAGCAUUCUACACCUUCAGCCUCAUCAACAAACGUGAACAGUGUCAACCGACGGACUACUGUAGGCGCACGGCCAAGCUACAUGCGCGGUGAAAGUCAUAGCUACGAGGAAAAUCCGGCCAAACUACUGCAAACAAUACGGGAUGCCGACCAAGGGAACAGGUGGUGCGCCGACUGCGAGUCUACACUCAAGGUUGAAUGGGUUUCGAUCAAUCUCGGAAUUGUUUUAUGCAUUGAAUGUAGCGGCAUUCACCGUUCCUUGGGAACUCAUAUUUCGAAGAUUCGAUCGUUGACAUUAGACGUCAAUUCGUUUUCAAAUGACAUCGUAGAGAUACUGCUGCAGAUUGGAAAUCGAGUCAGUAAUAUGGUCUGGGAAGCGACCCUGGAUCCAUCUCAAAAGCCACAACCGCAAUCAUCCCGUGAACAGCGAUUGAAAUUCAUUACUGCUAAGUACAGCGAGCACGCGUUUGUGCAGCCAUUAACUGCAGGGCGGUCACAUUACACGACGCCAAACGAGACGUUAUUGGCAUCGAUCAAGAAAAACGAUAUCCAAGGGGUUCUUUAUGGGAUAGCAUUGCGAGCCAGUGUCAAUGUCACGGAUCGAUCACGAAACACGCACGCCGUCUUUCUAGCCCUCGCUGCCGCGGAUCCAGCUACUCCGGGGUCUACCUCAGCAGGAUUCUCCGCCAAACAAGCACCUCCAAAAGCGAUUCCUUUCCCAAUUGCCGAGCUUCUUGUGCAGAACGGCGCCGAAAUUCCACAACAACCAGCACCCAUAAUUCUAUCUCCAGCGGCACAACUAUACAUUCACCAACGCACCGCGGUCCUAUCCAGUUCCUUCCCAUCAUCAACGUCAACUGCUGCCACCUCUACCACCUCCAACACUCCUGGUGGAAAGUCAAUUUCCGAUACACUCACUUCACUUCCUCUUAUACGCGGUGGUUCCGGGUCAGAAACGCAUUCCGCAGCUCAUGCACUCGCUCCGUUGGACAGUAGGGAGCGAGAGAAAUUACAGAAAAGGGGCAGUGCUGGCGCGAGGUUUGCAGGCAAAGUUGCAUCUCUAGGAGUUGACAAUAAGUAA